AUGCCUGGCAUAUUUCCUCCGUUUGGGUUUACCAACUUCUUUAAUCUCAGAGACGGGCCCACGACGUUCCGCACGACAGACUGGCGCGGCCGAACAAGUGUCGUCACAGACUACAGCAAAAUCGCAUCCCGGAUCAUUUCUCAGGCAAAGGCGUCGCUUGGCCCCAGCAAAUAUUCUAGUCUCUAUUUGACACCCGCUGAGAACCUUACAUCCACGCGCACGCUCCACCCGGACUAUCCAUCAACAUAUCCGCCUGAGCGUCUCGGUGCGCUUCUCCGCUUGUCUCACAACACUGACAUCCCAAACCGUCCUUCCGCUCCGCCUCCCUCUUUCAGCCGAUCUCACCACUGCCUCGUAUCUAUCUCGCAUGUCUUGCUUCUGAGCCUUGCUUUUUCACUUGUCGUAGUUUUCUUCCUCUUUGUCAUUGGGUAUUGGGCCGUCAUCGCCGAACGCGGCGCAAAGCAAUUACAGAAAGUUCAACUUGAACAAUAUCACCAGGAUCGCAUACGAGAAGCGCGACUUCUCUGGGAACAGUUUAAUCCUCAGCACGGGGGGGCCUCCUACGGAACGAGGAGAGACAAGGAUUCGUCUCGUAAUAGUGUCGAAUACCCGCCUUCGUCUGCGGAUCCGCAGCGAGCAGGCAGUGCUGAACAGAGAAACCGGGACGAAGAGAAAUUGGAUCAAGGUCUACGGCAUCGAGCCAGUACAAAAAGAGACUUGAAUUCGUGGGGCUCGUGGGAGUCGUGGGAAAAGGUCUUGCAGGCAGAUAGAAACAAAAGUCACCGACAGCAACGGGACUGGGGAUUUGACGCCUCGCAGAAUCCGCAAAAUUUGCACAAUUCGCAAAAGCACCGAGGCGAGAGAGAAGAGGAUCAAUCCCAAAACGCACACGACCAAGAAGAAGACGCUUUUCGCAGAUUAUACCGCAAGUGGAUCAAGUCAGGCCGUCCAGCUGUCAAGGGUCUGCAGGGAAAUACGAGCGAUAGUAAUCCAGCCUUUGGAGACUGGGCUGCAUCCGCGCAAACGAGAACGCCUCCACAGCCAUUUCAACCUCCGGCGUCAGAAAUCAGGUCGGGAACAGGAUCAGUACCAAGAACGAGCUCGACGUGGGCGACAGUCACGGAUAUUACGGACGUAACUGACCUCCUUGACGCACAAUACCCAGACAUUAAGCCGCUCAAGGAAAGCCAAGAUCUGAAAAACGCCAAGAACUCGGACACUGACGAUCCGGUUGCCUGGAGUAGAAAGAUCGGUAGCUGGAUUGAGUGA